AUGGACCUUCUCGCCAUGCCGUCGCCGCGGCCUCCGAUACGGCUGGUGCGGGACACAAGUGACGGGCGCCGCCGCGUGGUGACCGCGCAAGGCAGUAGCCUGCCGGUCUCGCCUACGACGCUCAUUCGCGCAGACUGCGCGGGGCUGCGGGUACGGCUGGAGCGGCGUAGUGCGCGUGUAGCUGAUGAGUUGCUGCUGCGCAGGCUCGCGGGGAUUGACGGUUGCGUCUUCAAAUCGCGGUCUCCCAGCUGUGGUGUUGGGGACGCGAGAUUGUACGCGUCCGAGCGUGGUGGCUGCUACGACGCGGUGGAUGGCUUCUUCGUUGACGAGUGGGUGCGUCCUGCUGCAGGAGCGGCGUCGAUUCCCAUCACGACAGAGCGCCAGUUAUGCUUCGACGCUGAGGAAUCCGCGUCGCGGGUGCAGAAGACGAGCAGCAGGUACGCCGUGUUGGCGUUCGUUUCGGACGUUCUCGCGUCCUUUGAGGCGCGGAAUGGUGUCGACUCGUCCCUCAGUGAUGGGUAG